AUGUCAACCAUAGCCUCUAAUGCGAGGGAUUUUUUGACAUUGCAGUACAAUGAUGAUUAUGCUCAAGCGAUAAUAGAACAUAUUCUCACUGACUGGAACGACGAAACUAUCAGCAGUAUCGUCGAUGAACUCAAUAAAGUAGACAGCUCAGAUUCGACAAUAGGAAGAAAAGUUGUGUAUCUCGUAAACGAAAUGAUAUCUCGGUAUGAAGAGUUGAAUAUCCCUAAUACUAGAACAGAAGGUAAGUAUCCUUUCUUGCCGGUUUUUGGAGAGAUGUUACAGCGACCUGACACUCAGAAAUUUGACUUUGAAGCUCUUGUGUCUCAAAGUGAUGAAUUAAUACCACAGUUUAUACAAGCCAUGGAUGGCGAAAAAGACCCACGUAAUUUAUUAAUCGCAUUCAAAAUAUUCAAAUUGAUGACAAGAGUAUUGGAUAUCUCAAAAUACAUCGAAGACUUAUUCGAGCUGCUAUGGUGCUACUUCCCAAUCACAUUCAAACCUCCACCAGGCGACCCGUAUGCCAUCACCUCGGAAGAGCUCAAACAACACCUACGAGAAUGUAUUGCCGCCACACCUUAUUUUGCGAAAUUCGCUAUGCCAUCUCUACAAGAGAAGCUUGAAAAUCCAUCAGAUGUUGUCAAGAAAGAAGCAAUUGCAACGAUCACAGUGUGCGCACCUGUAUAUGGUGCGCAUGCCCUACUUCCAGGAAUAACGGAAAUAUUGAGCGUUCUUUCUACUCAAAUAUUCUAUGCAAAGGAUAAUGCCAUGCAGUCACUGGCUCUCAGCGGCAUACAUGUUAUUACAGCUACACUAGCCACUGGAAUUAGUAUAGCUGCCAUAUCGGAUCCGAUUCAACGAUCACUUGACCCUUUAAUUGACGAAUGCAUAAUGGCCAUGAAGCAGCCUGAGCAUAAAAAUGCUAGAUCUGCCAUCGCUCUUUUGCGCUCAGCAGCAUCUGCUUCUGAUCCUGCGUGUACAUCCAUCGUUGAGAGAGCAGUCCCAUCCUUACUGUCAUCAUACCGGAACGCUUACAACGAUAGCGAGCGAAUUGCUGUGUUGGAAUUGAUUAUCGAAAUUAUGGAAGCCAGUAGAACUCUUUAUGGUUCAAUGGAUGGCCAAAAAGUUGACCGUGACUUCAUGACACCUCUUCUAUCUUUCAAAGAACCACUUCUAGACCUUUAUUCAAAUGCUGCUGAAUCAACAACCGAUUUGUUGCAAUAUAAAGGCUGCCAUGGCUUGUACGUUAUGGUCGCUUCCAGACACUUUCUCAACGAAGGACAGACAUCAGGCGUGGUCAAAAUUCUUACCAAAAUAUCUUGCGAUAGCCAUUUGAGCUUAUUGCGAGAGAAUGCUUUAGCUUCCUUGAGGAAAAUAGGCUUAUUUUGCCCAAGUUCCGUGAUUAAUAUUGCCAUCCCUUUACUUCUUUCAAGACUGCAAUUCAAAGAUCAAAAGCAAGACAUCUUGGGAUUGUUAAGUCAAUUGGGGGGUGUUCCCGCCAUCUACGAUGUGAUCAUACCAACACUAUCAGAAGAGUUUAUGCAAGCAUGCGUUCAAGAUCAAAAAUAUGCAGAUUUUGUUAUGAAAAAAAUCGUUCAGGCUACUGAGGCAGGAUUACAGAACAAAAAGGAACUAGGAGAAGAGCACCAAUGGGCUGAAAUGAUCAGGAAAAUUCUUUUAUCUACUGUUCAUUGUUGUCAAAAUGAAGCUCCUUUAUCCGCCAAUACCUUGGACCUUCUUGCUUACUGGGUGGCUAAUGUUGUUCGAAAGCUAAGUUCGAGCACGCAAGUCAUUCUGGCCCAAUUAGCAUUUGAUAUCUACAUUGGAAACCUUUCUGCGCAAGAAGGUUCAGUCACCUCACAGCAGCAUGUGAAUGUUCUAGCAUCUAACACAAGCGAUGAUGUUUCUUCACUAUCCGUCGUUUUCGUUGCUAUUGUAUGCAAUUGUCGCAAAGAGGUCAUGAGCCAACAUAUCACGUCGAUGAAAAUACCACUGAGUUGGAUUCGUGCUGGCAUAGAGUCAACUCAUGCUGUGCGACUAACGUCAUGCGCACAACUUGCAGCAGUAUAUGCAAACCAAUGGACGAAGGAUGCGAGUACCUUGAACCAAUUUUUGAAUGAAGCACUCAUAACGUAUAUUCAGCCAGCAUUGAAUGAUGUAGCGUCAAGAGAUCAACGGAAAAACGCAGUUGUAGUCUUAGCCUGGCUUACCAAGGCUAUGGUCAUAACCGGGAAGCCUGCACUAUCGUUCGAUCAUAUCAUCAAUGCCCUGCAAAAUGAAGAUAUUGGACACGAAGCAGCUAUCGCCUUCAAAGUGAUUGCUGGAGAAAGUGAUAUUCUACUAAACAAGCAAUCUUUUGCUAAAUAUUCUAUAUUGUAUAAACAACGUCUAUACAACACUGUCAUUCAUGGACUCAUCAAAGGCAUCAAUGAACAAUCUUCUGACAUAAUACAACAAAAUCAUCUCAUCGCACUGUGCCAUAUUCUUGGAAAUGUACCAAAACAAGUAUACAUAGCUAAUCUUACAACUUUAUUCCCAUUCUUGGUGCAGUCCUUGCGAAUACCGCAAACCUUUGUGAAAUUGACCGCCAUACACCUUGUCGUACUGACGCUGGACCAAUUACCACUGGUGGUAAAACAGCACAUUCAGUCUAUCAUACCUUCUCUACUAGAGCUAUGCCGCACCUAUCCAGGCAAUACCAUCGCUGUCCGAGUAGAUGCACUUGACUGUUUAGGAAGGUUAACGGAUGGAUUGCAGGCUCCAGUUUUAAUGCCUUUUACAAGUACUGUCAUCAAAUCACUGUCCUAUGUCGUAGAUGAUCGAAAGAGAGUGAGCAAUGUGGGAGCCAUUAACACCGUCAUGUAUUGCUAG